AUGACUUCCAAUAUUGCUGAGUCACUUAAUGCAGCCACCGUGGAAGCUAGAGAAGUACCUGUCACAUCACUUUUGGAGUGUUUGCGUGGAUUACUCCAAGAUUGGACAUACAUUAAUAGGAAACUAGCUCAAAAAACAAUGACAAGAUUGACACCAGUUGCAGAAAAAGCACUCACCAAAAACUUCGUAUACUCUUUGAGAUUAACUGUAACGCCAGCAAAUGAAUAUAUGUUUGAGGUAUUUAAAGAAGAUAAGUCAUGGAUUGUAAAUCUUAAAGAACAAAUUUGCACUUCCAAUAGAUUUCAGAAGGAUGAAAUGCCAUGUGGUCAUGCUCUUGUUUUGAUGAAGGAGAUGAACAUAGACCCCUACAAUUAUUAUUCACAUAAUACACAACAAAAGUAUGGUUAG